CGCCCCCGAGCGCCGCCUCAGCAGCGCCUGAGACCGAGCCAGGAGCGGGCAGCGCCGAGACACCGGCCCUGCUGCCAGCGCCGCGGGGGACGUGGAUCCUUGGUCAGGAGUCUUGCAGAGACCAUGAGCUAUUGCUAGGCUCUAGCCUUCUGACUUUUAGUUUGUGAGGGGAGUUUGCGACACCAGGGGCCAUGGCGGACUGGGUUCUCCUCGGACUGAUUGGGGCAUUGCUUGUGCUCCUGCUGCUGACUCUCUUUGGCUUUGCCAUCUAUUCGGGGCUCUUCUCGGAAGUGGUUGUGAGUGCUGGCUCGCCCCCCAUCCGCAACAUCAGCCUGGCGUACAAGUUCAAAGUGGGGCCCUACGGCGAGUGUGGCAAGCUGUUCACAGAGAGCUGCAGCAUAUCUCCGAAGCUAUGCUCCAUUGGCGUCUACUAUGACAACCCUCACACGCCCACCGAGCUCCAAGUGCCAUUCCAUUGUGCAUCCUUAGCACCGUCGCCAGCUGAGUCCCAAACCUGCCACCGUAUAGAAAACUCUGCAGUGCCACCUGAGAAAUGCCGCUACAUUGUGGGCUGCAUCCUGAGCGAGGGGGAGGAGAAGCCAUCAGAGGAGCUGAUCCGACUCUUCCAGAAGUUUGGCUUCAAGAUCUUUUCCUUCCCGGCUCCCAGCCAUGUGGUCAUGGCAACCUUCCCAUUCACCACACCCUUCUCCAUCCAGCUGGCGGUGAACCGUGUCCACCCGGCCCUCGACACUUACAUCAAGGAGAGGAAGCUGUGCGCCCAUCCCAGGCUGGAGAUCUACAAAGGAGACUGCAUCUAUUUUGUGUGCCCCCUGGCACGCCAAGGGGACUUCUAUGUGCCAGAAAUGAAAGAGAUGGAGCGGAAGAGCAGAGUGGCAGAGGCAGACGAUGCACAGACAGAUAUCACAGGGGCUGAUACCCUGAGCGAGACGAGCUCCAUCAGCCUGGAGGCCACGACCGAUAGCAGAGAGACUUCGGUGGCCACCUCCAUCCUGUCCCCCUUCGCAGCUGGCCGCGGGCGGGAUGAACUGGACAAUCGCAGCGAGCACAGCUACAGCGAGUCAGGGGCUAGCGGCUCCUCCUUCGAGGAGCUGGAUCUGGAAGGCAAUGGCGAUGGGUCGGCAGGGCAGCGUUCUGACCUGGGCUAUGCCGAGGAGCAGGAGACCACAAAGGCCAAGUGGGCUAAGGAGCCCACUGCUCUGGAGAAAGAGAGGGGUGAAGAAUAAACCAGAGUCCUUCCAUCUUCCUCCCCUUUAGUCGGAAAAAACUGAUCUGUCCUGUUUUCCUUCUCUCUAGCCAAGAGAUUUCAGUCACCGAUUCCCAUUGAGCCCCUCUCCCCGUCCUCUGAAGAUAGAUGUUCUAGUUGUUACAAAGAAGGACAGCUCCACCAAGGGAGAGCAUAGCUAGAAGCUGUUCUCCAGGAGCCUUUCACCCGCUUGUGUGCUGUGGCAGAGAGCUGGGGGUGCAGUCUGUUUGAUGAGCAGUGAAAUGUACUUCCAGGCUGCUUGUGUAUAAAUGCAUGGUGAGCUCUCUGCACGAGGAGUGUGUGUGUGUGUGUGUGUGAGAGAGAGAGAGAGAGAGAAAUGUUCUCCCUUUGCCUGUCUCCCUGCUCCAGCCCUCCAUCUCCUCAAGGCAGCCUGGUUCUCCACCAUAUAGACACACAUUGACUGGCACCAAAGAGCAGAUAGUGGUUUUAUUCCAUGGGAAAAGGAAAUAUACAAUGUAAAAUCGUUCUCCUGAAACAGAUGUUAAGCUUUUGGGAUCUGUAAUAAAGCAAGUGCUUUUCCUCUGAGAUAUGAGGGCUCGA